AACUCAUCACAAAAAAAACCAAACUGAACUUUUUUUAAUGUUACAUGAUAAAAUCAUCGCAUGGUCAAGUGGCCGUGAUUAUCCUAGGUAAUAAACUGCUUUAAUUCCAGGUACAGGCUCUGCAUUCGGUUUUGUAUAUUAAGACACAUUUUAAAAAAACAAGUACAAACAGGGCCUGUAUGUUCUGGUUCCUUUUAUUCCAAGAAGCACAACCCAAAGCUGUGAUUUUCAUAGAUUCGGCCAUAAAUUUCAGUUUCUUUUUGUCCUCCACUCCACGGAGCCAAUUUAAUUUUCAAAUACAGCUGACCUGGGGGAGAGGGGGGGCGAGAGAGAGAGAGAGCAUCUGACUAAGCAUUUAACCUUGAAAAAUCUGCAAACGACUUCAAGGUGGUUAAACAGACUCCCACCACAGGCACUUCCUUGUUUUGGGAACUUUAUAGGAAGUGGUCGGGUGCUUUUGGGUUACUCACCGGAUCACGGGAGGGAAAAGACCCCUGGAGCAACUAUAAAUAUUGUUCAAGGCGUUCAAGGCUCACGACAGCGAUCUUCGCAGAUAACAUGGGAAUCACUACCAUCAUCUUCCUUUUGAUUAUUGCACAUUGUGGUGCAGCACCCUUAUCAAGAAAACAGUCACAGAAAGAAAUCGAUGACUGGAUAUUAGCUGAGAAAUACUUGCGUAGGUUCUACGAUCUUCCAAGUGGGCUGCAAGGAGCUGGGAAGUCUUCCGACGUGAUGCAGCAGAAGAUCCGUGAGAUGCAGGCUUUCUUUGGCCUGCAGGUGACCGGAAACCUGGACACCAACACCCUGGACGUGAUGAACACACCGCGAUGUGGCGUCCCCGACCUGGGAGAAUACAAUCUCUUUCCAAGGAAUCUCAAAUGGCCCACAACAAAUGUGACAUUCAGGAUUACAAAUUACACUCCAGAUAUGGAGAAGUCAGAUGUGGACAGAGCUAUCCACAACGCCCUGAGUGUCUGGAGUGAUGUGACACCAUUGAAGUUCAAGAAGGUGUAUGAUGGGAUUGCAGAUAUUAUGAUCAGCUUCGGGGCCAAAGAACAUGGUGACUUCAAUCCUUUUGAUGGUCCUGAUGGACUCCUGGCCCACGCCUACCCUCCUGGAGUAGGAUUGGGUGGUGACACACACUUUGACGAGGAUGAGACAUGGUCAAACGAUUCAGCCGGGUACAACCUCUUCAUGGUUGCCAGCCAUGAGUUCGGUCAUGCUCUUGGCUUGUCCCAUUCCUUUAACCCAGGUGCUCUGAUGUUUCCAGUCUAUUCCUAUGCAAAGGGUUACCCCUUGUCCGAGGAUGACAUAAAUGGUAUACAGGCACUUUACGGCAAAAACCCCAAUUCUCGUAAAAGGAAACUGAGACCAGACGCUCCGAACAAGUGUGACCCAGAGUUGACUUUCGACGCAGCAACCGAACUCAGAGGAGAAACGAUCAUCUUCAAGGACAAGUUCUAUUGGCGCCUACACCCCCAGCUUCCUGAGCCGGAUCAGACACUGAUCAAGUCUACCUGGCCAUCGAUUCCGAGCAGAGUCAAUGCAGCGUACGAAAACCCUGAAAAGGACCUGGUUUUCAUUUUCAGCGGUAUUAGGAUGUGGGCCUUAAAUGGAUAUACCCUGGUCGAAGGUUACCCAAAGUAUAUCCACAAGCUAGGCCUCCCCAAAAGCAUCCGGAAAAUAGACGCGGCCGUUCACAUACGAGACACAGGCAAAACUCUCCUGUUCACUGACGAAGAUUACUGGAGCUACGAUGAAAGUCGUGGUGUAAUGGACAAUGGAUAUCCGCGACCUAUCGAGGACGACUUCCCGGGGAUUGGCGAUGAAGUGGAUGCCGUUACCUACCAUGACGGAUACCUAUAUUUCUUCCAUGAAAAUGUGCAGUUCGAGUACAACUACAGGGCAAGGAAGGUCAUCCGGAUUUUAAGGCCAAACUCUAUGCUCAACUGCUGAAGCGCACUAAGCUCUACAGUACAUGAGAAUAUUUCCUUCCAGUAAAAUCUGCUUUUUCAUCGCUGGUAGAUUUUGAAAAUGUGUGAACGGAAAUCCUUAAUUUACCUUUAAUUUAUUUAUCACGUUAACAAGGAAUGGUUGUAUGAAUUUGCUUUUUUACUUCAUUUAAAUGAAGAUCAUAUAUAUAAAAUUGUAAAAUAUGGUAAACAACUCGAGUUUGGUGGAUCCUUAUGCCAUACACCCUACAGGGACAUCACACAUCCUUCAUGCUUGAAGAUAAGUGUUAGGACUGUAACAGUGUGUUUUUUAACUUUAAAGCAAAAUCCUGCAUGCUGAAGCAACAGUUCAAAAUGUAGCGUGCUGCGUAUCUUCAGUAUCACCCAUACAACAGCAAAAUUUAAAUAAAUGACGAAAGAAAGCAUCAUGCGGAAUUUAAUUUUAAAAAUCUUUCUCUGUUAAUAUUGUUAAUAGUAAAAGGCUUUGUACUAUACUGUACAUUUAAUUUAAAAUUAAAACCAAUGAAAACGA